CUUAAUCUGCUGUGUUUACAAGCAACAAGUGCCAGUUCCCGCUUUCCAGUAGCUACAAGCCAGAAGGAUUAUGUUCGAAUCCCGAACAUGAUUAAGACGGAGCGGAUCCUGCGCCUGAGGAGCAGCCGGGGCCGGAGGGUCCGGGUGGUCCGGGAACAUUACGUCCGGGACCGGGUCCCGUGUUACAGCUCUCUGUGUCAGGCGGACUGUGACAACGGUGCUAAGGUUCUGCCCGGAGACCUGACGCACUACGUGGUGCCGGAUGCUGGGGUGGUGGUCGACUACCAUGAGAUCCUGGAGUUCAGAGAGCUGCACGGCAUCGUGUUCACCCAGACCGCCUGCCAGGCUUUAAAGAGCAAGGGACGCAGGUUCUACAACCGUAUACGAGAGCUGGUCAAAGACCCUCGUCACAGCUGUGUGCUGUUUGCCAAUGAAUUUCAAGAAUAUUCCUACUGUCCUCGAGAGAAAGGCGAGAGUCAGGAGAAGUGGCAGACCAGGUGUGUGUACUCUGCAGCAGUGUGGUACUACAACCACCUGGCAGGUAUGAUGAACAUAGUGAUGAUCACAGAGGACCAGGAAGCCGUGGCCGAGUACAGCAGCCUCCACUCUGGAGUCUACGUCAUCUCCGUCCAGGAUUAUCUGAAGAACUUCUGGCCGGAGGUGGAGGAGGUUCAUGAGCUGUACGCCUCCAUCUCCCGGUCGCUGCGAGAGAAGGAGGGCGAGGGCUCGAAGAAGAAGAAGGAGUUCUCUGAACAUCUGCCCACUGAGAUCCUGGAGGCUGGGAUCAAGUCUGGACGAUACCUUCAGGGGACUCUGAAAGUCAACAAGCACCGACCCCAGAAGGAAGCGUUCGUCACGUCUGAAGGUUCCAACAACAUCAACAACAACAUCAACAACAACAACAACAACACAGACCUGGGUCGAGUGCUGAUCAGAGAUAAGAACCGUAACCGUGCGAUCCAUGGAGACGUGGUGGUGGUGGAGCUGUUACCAAAGAGUGAGUGGAGAGGGAAGGGGACGUCUCUGACGGAGGGACACGGGGACGAGAAGGAGGGACAGGACGGACACAGUAAACCGAUGCCCACAGGUCGUGUUGUGGGGAUCAUGCAGAAGAACUGGAGGGACUACGUGGUAACUUUCCCCAUCAGAGACGGGACCCAGAGCCAGACCAGGAACUCUCAGAGGAUCCUGGUUGUUCCCUGGGACCGUCGCAUCCCCAAAAUACGCAUCAGCACUCAGCAGGCCGACGCUCUGCAGGAACACAGGGUGGUGGUGCGCAUCGAUUCGUGGGAGACCACGUCGCUCUACCCCAACGGCCACAGCGUUCGGGUUCUGGGCCGAGCCGGAGAGCUGGAGACGGAGGUCCAGACCCUCCUCAUCGAGAACUGCAUCCACGUUCCUCCCUUCUCUGAGGCUCAGCUCAGAGAGAUGCCGGUGAGUUCCCCCGACAAACCGUGGAGGGUGGAUCCGUCUGAGGUGGCGAAGAGGCGGGACCUCCGCGGGACUCACCUGGUGUUCAGCAUCGACCCUAAGGGCUGCGAGGACGUGGACGACACGAUGUCGGUACGAAGCCUGGACGGAGGGAAGGUGCUGGAGCUCGGAGUCCACAUCGCAGACGUCACUCACUUCGUUAAGGAGGGUUCACUCACAGACCUGGAGGCUCGAUCCAGGGCCACCACCUACUACCUGACGGACCGGAGGUACGACAUGUUGCCCCCCGUCCUCAGCGCAGACGUCUGCUCUCUGCUGCAAGGAGUCGACAGGUAUGCGAUGAGCGUCCUGUGGAAGCUGGAUGCUGAAACCUUGGACGUGAAAGACGUCUGGUACGGACGGACCGUCAUCAAAUCCUCCUACCAGCUCCAUUACGAACUGGCCCAGCAACUCCUCAACGGGGAGGAGGCCGACGUCCCGGAGCUGAAGGAGCUGGGCGCCCAGGAGAAGGAGGCGAAGCUGAAGGAGCUCCGCCAGGCUCUGAAGACGUUGACACAUGUGGCCAGACACCUGCGAGCUAAGAGGGGCCGAGGAGGAGCGCUGGAGCUGGAGGGAGUGGAGGUUCGGGCUCAGCUGGACGAGACGAGGAACAUCGCGGCCCUGGUUCCUAGCCAGCCUCUGGAGGUCCACGAGACCGUGGCUGAGUGCAUGAUCUUCGCCAACCAACAGGUGGCGGUAAAGAUCCAGGAGAGCUUCCCCCACCAGGCCCUGCUGAGACGCCACACCGCCCCACGGCGGGACCUCUUCUUUGACCUGGUGGUUAGCGCCACCUCCAGGGGCUUCAGCAUCAGCACCAGGUCCAAUAAGGACUUGGCGGAGUCUCUGGACCGAGCCGUGGACCCUGAGGACCCCCUUGUGAACAGGAUCCUGAGGAUAAUGGCGACCCACACCAUGUCCCAGGCCCUGUACUUCUCCACGGGCUCUCAGCCUCUGGACCAGUUCUACCAUUACGGUCUGGCUCUGGAUCGCUACACACACUUCACCUCACCCAUCCGUCGCUACGCCGACAUCGUGGUCCACCGCCUCCUCAUGGCGGCCAUCAGCAUGGACGGCGGCGUGGCUCCUCUCAGGCCGCCGGCCACCAACAAAGACGUCCAGGAACUGGCUCAGCACAUCAACGGCAGGAACCUGGCCGCUAAAGUGGUCCAGCGUCAGUCCACGAAUCUGUUCCAGUGUCUCUACUUCAGGGACAGAGACCCUGAGACGGACCCACGCUGUGUGACCGAAGCUGUCAUCUACUCCAUCCGAGACAACGGCGUCCUGGUCUUUGUCCCAGAGUACGGCAUGAAGGAGCCGGUCUUCCUGGCGCACAGGGACGGUCGGGUGGUGGCGGUGGGAGCCGACGGACGCUGUCAUUGGCUGAAGGGCUCAGUGAGGCACCACCUAGACCACAUCACCACCACCUCCAGCUCCGGCACCUCCUGCUUCAGGAUUUUCGACCACAUCACGGUCCGUAUCUCCUUCUCCUCCUCCACCUCCUCCUGCCACGCCGACUACCUAAAGCUGGAGGUGAUCAGUAACCGGCCUCCCCACAGCUCCGGCCCCCGGCCUCCUCCCUCCCGGCUCCGCAGCCAGCUGGUCAAGGAGGUGCAGCAGGCUGAGGAGGCGCAGGCCCAGGAGAAGGAGGAGGCGUCUCGCCUCCCAGAACUCUCCAAGGAGGAGAGGGAGUUCCGCCAGAGUAAGAUGCCCAACCUGUACUCGCUGCUGGAGGAGGUGAAGGAGCUGGCUCUGAAGGAGGCGCCUUAAAAACCCAACGUUCAGUUUUUACUUUGACUCAGUUUUGAUUAAAAAUGUUUUUAACGUUUUAAAAUGAGAAAAGUUUUAAUUAAAGGAAACAAAACAA